GUUGGUGACGUGCCGCGCAUGCGCUGUGGGUGAUGGACGCGAGGUGGGAAAAUUCAUUCUUACGCUACUGUGCGAACCUGUGAUUCAAACAUGAUUUUCAGAAACAGUUUGUAAGUCUACGGCGCUUAAAACCGGACACACAUACUCCUCAGCUCUUCAGUCAUCCCCCUUACCUGUUUGUGCAGCAUGAAGAUUGCAGUAGAAGGCUGUUGCCAUGGGGAACUGGACAAGAUCUACGAGACCAUCAGCUAUCUGGAGAAGAAGGAAGGGGUGGAAGUGGACCUGCUGCUUUGCUGUGGAGACUUCCAAGCAGUGCGAAAUGAAGGAGACAUGAAGUGCAUGGCAGUGCCAGCCAAGUACAGAAUGAUGCAGACCUUUUACAAAUACUAUUCUGGAGAGAAGAAGGCUCCAGUCCUGACCAUCUUCAUUGGAGGGAACCACGAGGCUUCCAACCACCUGCAGGAGCUUCCUUAUGGAGGCUGGGUGGCACCCAACAUUUAUUACCUGGGUUACGCUGGCGUUAUUCGCUACAAAGGGAUCAGAAUUGGUGGCUUAUCUGGAAUCUUCAAAUCACGCGACUACAGAAAGGGUCACCAUGAAUUCCCUCCGUACAACCCUGAUACUCUUCGAAGUGUAUAUCACAUCCGAAAUGUCGAGGUGUUCAAAUUGAAACAGAUUCAGAUGCCCGUAGACAUUUUCAUGAGCCACGACUGGCCUCGUGGAAUCUACUACUACGGGAGUACGGGGGAACUGCUACGAAAGAAGAAGUUUCUGCGUCAGGAAGUGGAGUCAAACACUUUGGGAAGUCCUGCCGCUGAGGAGCUCCUGGCUCACCUCCAGCCCAGCUACUGGUUCUCGGCACAUCUUCACGUGAAGUUUGCUGCCGUUAUGCAGCACCCGCCUAAAGGUAAUGCUGCCCCGCGCGUAACCAAAUUCCUGUCUCUGGAUAAAUGUUUGCCCUAUAGGGAAUUCUUACAGAUUGUGGAUGUUCCAGAGAGACCGGGCUCAUCUGAGGGUCUUGAGUAUGAUCCAGAGUGGCUUGCUAUUCUGAAGGCCACGAACAGUCUACAGAGGACCACCCCUCACCCCUGGAACCCCCCAGAGAAUAAUGGCCUGCACGAACGGUGGGACUUCAGAGCUUCAGAAGCAGCUAUGAUGCAGGUGGUGGAGGAUCUCAGCGGGGAACUUGCCAUUCCAGACAACUUUAGCCGGACGUUGCCACCCUACGACCCUAACAAGCCCCAGCCCCACGCCGCCCCCAGCUACAACACCAACCCUCAGACGACCGAGCUGUGCGCCACGUUAGGUCUCACAGACAUCUACGCCCAGGCUGGGCAGGGAGGGGACGAGCUUGGGAGAGUUCAGGGCAGUACCGGGGGGGAGGAGGAGGAUGACGAAGAUGGAAAUAGUGUGGGAAGCGUGGAUGAGCCCAGCGAGUAUCCAACCGACACUUCGGGAUUGUCGAGUUCGUUUAACCCCGAUGAGAUCACUAUAGAGGACGAGUGGGAGGAAGAGGCAGAGGAGGAAAAGGAGGAGGCUGAGUCAAAAGCAGCCGUGAAAGGAGAUAAGCUCUCUGACGUCCCCAUAGGUGGAAUCCACACCCCCAGCCGUAUGGUUCUGCCAGAGCCCAAAUCUGAUGUCUCACCCACUCACCUGUCCCACCUUAUAAACCUGCCACCUCCCUCCCACUCCACCCCGGCAGCAGCUCGCUCUCACACUGGAGCAGAAAGGGAAGGACUCUGUGAGGGCGGGGACGAGGACACCUCCGCUGCACGGAUCUUAAAACGUACCAGCGAUGAGACUGGGGAUCCUGCCAGUAGGGGCACAACUCCCAGAAUCAAACGCAGGAACCAGGUCAUCUACACAACAGUGGAGGAUGAGGAGUGUGAGGAUUAGGGGUCAGGGUGAGAUGAGGCAAAAGGUGAGGACACAAUCCAUGCCGUUUGUCACAGCGUGUACACUUCUCCAUUAGUUUACAUUGAUUUGUAAAACUUGGCAUUAAUUUAUGUAUUUACUGCCUGCUUUUUAUACAGCUUCCAUCAUGAGCUAAACGAAGCGGAGUUAUUCAAAUGCCCUAAAAGCAGACUGUACAUGACAAAAGAGCGUUAGUUUCUGGAUUCAGUUUCUACAGAGAGGCAGUUACAGCCAUGAACAUUUUUGUUAAAAUGUGAUCACCUUUUUAUAUAUUUUAAUCAAACCAAGAAAAUUUUAGAGAACAGAUUUUUGCGUUCUGUGUUUAAUUUUUUGUACAUGUAACUUUAAGACAAUAGCAAUGAUUAAAGAGGCUGGAAAAUUAAAAUAUCCUUUUUUAAAAAAGAAUAAAUGCCAUCAUACACCAUUAUACAGCCACUCGGCAAACACUCAGAAGUGACUAAUAAAAACGUGGCUGUUAAUGUCUUUUGUUUCACUUAUCCGAGGCAAGUGAAAGAAAAGCGAUCGGCAUGCUGCACUCAAAGCGCCAUUCGCAGCUUUAUUGAACACUGUACCUACUGUAGGUGCUGAAGGAAAAAUCCAGUCUUGUUUUAAUGACCAUCACUGAUGAAUGAAUAAGUGAAUGCAGUUUACUGCAUGUAAUGAGCUGACGAGCUGUUGGCGUCCUGGGGGGAAGAGCAAAUCAUUUUAGCUUUUGAAUACUUAGUGAAAAUUGCGUUCUACUUCAUAUGCCAGUCCAAUUUGGAGACCCUUAAUUACUUCACCGUAUUUUCAUCAAAAUGCCUUAAUAAUGCAUGGUUGUUUAAAAAAAAAAAAAAAAAGCAGAAGAGUAGAUUUCCUGAACACCAGUAUUUGUUUAAAUCAAACACAAUUAUAACAUUGAUUAGAGUCCUUUUUUAAGCGAUCCAUUCCAGGUUCACAAGUGUGCUCUGCUAAAGUCAACAUACACUUUCAUUUCAUCUAAGACAAUAAUAUAUAACAUAGUGUAUUCAAUGAGAUCUUUUUACAUCCAUACAAAGAGCCAAUACAGUAUAGCCUAAUGACCGGGUGCCAAGUUAUUGAUUUACGGUACAAGCCAAUAUCAGAAAUGAUUUUCCUGCACUUUGCCUACAAAGCAACCACUUAAAGAAAGCCUCAAACAUUAUUCACAGAGAAAAAAAACUGGGAAUAGGCACUUGUUUUUGU